AAUGUAUCCCAGCAUGCUUGACAGUCAGCGACAUGAACAGGGAAGGAUGAUGAAGCUAAGAUGGCAGCGCUGCUAGGGGUGCUGUCUUUACAGGGUCGAGAAAAACAGCAGGAACACCCGCGAAGCACGGACGUCAGCUCGCGCUGUUGACUUCUUUCACUAAAGGCAGUUGGAUCGCCUGCAGUCGAGGAAAUAACGGUCGGUGUUUGAUCCGAGCGUAGGAAAGAAAGGGACGCGUAUUUCGCAGUCGCAGCAGAGCGGCUCACCGUAAACGUCGUUUUAAUUGGAGAUAACGCACUCGGAUGUAAUUCGCCGGGCGUUUUUGCGGCUUUGCGGCUUUGCGGAGCGGAUUUAUGGAGGGGGAUUUGGACUUUUAGCUCUGUUGACUGACAUUGUAAUCUAAUAUAUGCGUUGUUCCCCUGAACGAUGAUGUGUGCUGCUGCGGCAACCGGUGCCGGUGGCAGCGGGAUCCCGUCCUCCUCGUCCCACUCCAUGGGGCUGGGAGUCAGGGUCAUUCCCGGAGCUGGAAGCGAUUUCGCAUCGAUCGGAGCAGGGAUGGGCUCCUGUCCUGUUGUGGGGGCCCGCUCGGAUUGCCGGAGUCGCUACCAGCUUCUUCUCUCAGGGCGAGCACUGGCGGAGCGGUACCGGAGGAUUUACACCACUGCGAUCAACGACAAAGAGCAGGGGCUCAACCUCGGCAGGGGAAAGAAAGCUUUGAGCAAGAAGAAGCUAAAAAGGCGGCAAAAAGUCAAAUCAAAAGUGAAAACAAGAACAAAGACAGAGACUCUGGAUGGGGCCUUUCCAGUGCCUGACAUCAAACUCCACAGCAACCCCUCUGCAUUCAACGUCUACUGUAAUGUACGGCACUGCGUGCUGGACUGGCAGCAGAAGGAGUCCACGUUGGCCCUGGCUUCUCGCAACUCUGUGCAGAGCGGCGACUCAGACAGUGAGGAGGAGGAGGAGUACCGCGAACCCACCUUCAAACUGCCCAAGAUCAUUGGUAUUGGGCUGUGUGGAGUGUUUGAGCUCAUCAAAGAGACUCGUUUUUCACACCCGUCACUGUGCUUACGGAGCCUUCAGGCCCUUUUAGAUAUGCUCCAGGGACAACAGCCGGAGAGCUUUCAGACUGAACCUCCAGAUGUGCUGGAGUCUCUCUUUCAUCUUCUGCUGGAGACCACCGUGCGGAGCACAGGGAUGAACGACCCCACUGGUCAGACCCUCACAGCGUUGUCCUGUGCCUGCCUCUUCAGCCUGGUGGUGGCCUGGGGAGACACUGGCAAAAUCCUCCAGGCUGUGUCUGCCAUCCUCACCAACAAUGGCAGUCAUGCAUGCCAGACCAUCCAGGUUCCAACAAUCCUUAACGCCCUUCAGAGGAGUGUGCAGGCAGUGCUGGUGGGAAAGAUCCAGAUCCAGGACUGGUUUGGGAACGGCAUCAAGAGAGCCGCACUGAUGAACAAAUGGGUUUUGAAGGAGGUGAGCAUCGAUGAAGAUGAACGCUGUCUUCUUCAAACUGAUGGUUCCUUCCUGUACCUGCUCUGUAAAGAUGGCCUCUACAAAGUGGGCUCAGGGUACAGUGGCACCGUGCGGGGCCAUGUGUACAACUCCACAUCACGUAUCAGGAACCGUAAGGAGAAGAGGUCAUGGCUGGGAUUCGCCCAGGGUUGUUUGCUGUAUCGAGACAUGAACAGUCACAGCAUGGAGGCCAUUAAGAUCAACCCAGAGACUCUGGAGCAGGAGGGCACCAUCACAAUGCCGGGUCUACAAGCAGAUGGUCAGAACAUCAUAUUCACUGAUGGAGAAUAUAUCAACCAGAUUGCAGCCUGCAAAGAUGAUGGCUUUGUGGUGCGGAUCUACGCCACCAGCUCAGACCCAGCCCUACAGCAGGAACUGCAGCUCAAACUGGCCAGGAAGUGUCUUCAUGCCUGUGGCAUCUCCCUCUUUGACCUGGAGAAAGACCUUCAUAUCAUCAGCACAGGGUUUGAUGAGGAAGCAGCCCUUAUUGGAGCUGUCAGAGAGUUUGCUUUGAUGAAAACGGCAUCUGGGAAGAUCUACUAUACUGGAAAGUAUCAGAGCCUCGGUAUCAAGCAGGGUGGCCCGUCGGCUGGGAAGUGGGUGGAGCUGCCAGUAACGAAAUCACCUAAGAUUGUGCAGUUCUCAGUGGGCCAUGAUGGCUCCCACGCCCUGCUGGUGGCGGAGGAUGGGAGCGUCUUCUUCACGGGCUCCGCCAGCAAAGGGGAGGACGGAGAGUCAACAAAGAGCAGGAGACAACCAAAGCCCUACAAACCCAAGAAGAUGAUCAAACUCGAGACCAAGACGGCCAUCUACACGGCCUGCAACAAUGGCAGUAGCAGCAUUGUCACUAAAGAUGGAGAGCUCUACAUGUUUGGCAAGGAUGCCAUUUACAGUGACAGUACCUGUCAGGUGUCAGAUCUGAAGGGACACUUUGUAACUCAGGUAGCCAUGGGGAAAGCUCACACCUGUGUCCUGACCAAGAGCGGAGAGGUGUGGACAUUUGGAGUGAACAACAAGGGCCAGUGUGGUCGAGACACUGGAACCAUGAGCCAGGCAGGGAAGGCGUUUGGAGUGGAGAACAUGGCUACCGCAAUGGACGAGGACUUGGAGGACGAGCUGGAUGAGAAGGAGGAGAAAUCUAUGAUGUGUCAGCCAGGCAUGCACAAGUGGAAGCUGGACCAGUGUAUGGUGUGCACCGUGUGUGGAGACUGCACCGGGUACGGAGCCAGCUGUGUGAGCAGCGGUCGACCAGACAGAGUGCCAGGAGGGAUUUGUGGCUGUGGCUCUGGUGAGUCGGGCUGUUCGUCAUGUGGCUGCUGUAAAGCCUGUGCCAGAGAGCUGGAUGGUCAGGAGGCCAGACAGAGAGGAAUCUUUGAUGCUGUGAAGGAAAUGAUACCGCUGGACCUGCUGUUAGGCGUCAAUAUAGAGGAGCACACCCAGAUUCGACAGGAGGAGAAGAGACAGCGCAUCAACCGCCGGCACCGGCUGGAAGAGGGCCGAGGCCCCCUUGUUUUUCCUGGUCCCCUUUUAAUGAACCAGCGUGAGCAGGUGCUAGCCAGACUAAGACCCCUUCAGGCCUUUAAGCUAAUGCGGGAGAGACUCAAAGAUGGCAGCAGUGAACGUGGGGACAAAGAUGCCAGUAAGAUCACUACAUAUCCUCCCGGGGCCGUACACUUCGACUGUGAGCUGCGAGCCGUGCAGGUCAGCUGCGGUUUCCACCACUCCGUGGUGUUAAUGGAGAAUGGAGAUGUUUACACCUUUGGUUAUGGACAACAUGGACAACUUGGACAUGGAGAUGUUAAUUCUAGGGGGUCUCCCACUCUGGUGCAAGCUCUGCCCGGCCCCAGUACUCAGGUGAUGGCAGGCAGUAACCACACUGCAGUGCUUCUCAUGGAUGGGCAGGUCUUCACCUUCGGGAGUUUCUCGAAAGGGCAGUUAGGUCGGCCCAUCCUAGACAUGCCCUACUGGAACGCCAAGCCCUCUCCGAUGCCCAACAUUGGCGCCAAGUACGGUCGAAAAGCCACGUGGAUCGGGGCCAGCGGAGAUCAAACCUUCCUUAGAAUCGACGAGGCACUAAUCAACUCCCACAUCCUGGCCACCUCCGAGAUUUUUGCCAGCAAACACAUCAUCGGUUUGGUUCCAACAUUGGUAUCUGAGCCUCCUCCCUUCAAAUGCCUACUGAUCAACAAACUGGACGGGAGCUGCCGCACCUUCAAUGACUCAGAGCAGGAGGAUCUCCAGGGUUUCGGCCUCUGUUUGGACCCUGUCUAUGAUGUCAUCUGGAGGUUCCUACCUGCCACACGUGAGAUGUGCUGCUAUAACGCGGUGAUAGCAGACGCCCGUGUGCCCACUGCCUCGGACAUCCAGGCCCUCUGCAGCAUCCUGAGUCCUGAGCUGGCUCUGCCCUCGGGCUCCCACGCCACCACCACCCGCUCCCACGGAGCGCUGCACAUCCUGGGUUGUCUGGACACACUGGCUGCGAUGCAGGAGCUGAAGAUGGGUGUAGCCAGUGCUGAGGAAGAGACUCAGGCUGUGAUGAAGGUCUACUCUAAAGAGGACUACAGCGUGGUCAACCGCUUUGAGAGUCACGGAGGAGGCUGGGGUUACUCUGCCCACUCAGUGGAGGCCAUCCGCUUCUGCGCCGAUGCUGACAUCUUGUUAGGAGGAUUGGGUCUUUUUGGUGGCCGAGGGGAGUACACUGCAAAAAUCAAGUUGUUUGAGCUGGGGCCAGAUGGAGGAGACCACGAGACUGAUGGAGACCUGCUGGCCGAGACAGAUGUUCUGGCAUACGACUGUGCUGCUCGGGAGAAGUACGCCAUGAUGUUCGAUGAGCCUGUGCUGCUGCAGUUGGGCUGGUGGUAUGUGGCGUGGGCUCGUGUGUCUGGACCCAGCAGUGACUGCGGCUCCCACGGCCAGGCCACCAUCACCACUGAUGACGGUGUGGUCUUUCAGUUCAAGAGCUCGAAGAAAUCAAACAACGGUACUGAUGUGAAUGCUGGACAAAUACCUCAGCUGCUGUACAGGUUGCCCUCUAAUGAUGGUAACGCAUCCAAAGGAAAGCAGCAGACCAGUGAGCCUGUGCACAUCCUCAAGCGUUCUUUCGCCAGGACCGUGUCUGUGGACUGUUUCGAGUCUCUGCUGAGUGUCCUGCACUGGAGCUGGACCACGCUGGUGUUGGGGGUGGAGGAGCUGAGGGGCCUCAAAGGCUUCCAGUUCACAGCCACCCUUCUGGACCUGGAGCGCCUGCGGUUUGUGGGCACCUGCUGCCUGCGACUGUUGCGCGUCUACAUCUGCGAGAUCUUCCCCAUUUCUGCCAGUACCAAAGCGGUUGUGGAGGAGUCCAGCAAGCUGGCGGAGUGUGUAGGAAAGACUCGUAGCCUCCUGAAGAAGAUCCUGUCAGAGGGGAUGGACAACUGCCUGACCAAGCUGGACAACGACCCGCAGGGGUAUCUGAGUCAACCCCUCACGCUGCUGGAGGCCGUGCUGCAAGAGUGCCACAACACCUUCACCGCCUGCUUCCACUCGUUCUACCCGACUCCGGCCCUGCAGUGGGCUUGCCUCUGCGACCUGCUCAACUGCCUGGACCAGGACAUUCAAGAGGCGAACUUCCGCACGUCGAAUUUAAGGUUGUGUGUGUGUGUGCGCGUGUGUGAGAGAGAUAGAGAGAUUAAAAAAAUGAUUAAUAUAUUAUUAAAAUAUUUAAAAUAUAUAAUAUUUAAAGGGGUCAUAUGAUGUUGCUAAAAGAACAUUAUAAGACGUUCAUCUGCCUCAGCAGUUACAAAAUUCUCUUUAUCGUAUUUUGAUCAGACGGAAGAGAAUCUCAUGGGCAUGACGACUUUCCGGGAGGUUCUGGAGAAGAUGCUUGUCAUUGUGGUGCUUCCUGUGAGGAAGAGUCUGAGGAAGGAGGUUGAGCUCUUUUCUCCUCAUCUGGUGUCCAACACCUGCGGCCUGCUGGCCAGUAUCGUCAGUGAGCUCACCGCCUCUGCUCUCGGCUCUGAGGUGGACGGGCUGAACUCCCUGCACUCUGUGAAGUCCACCCCCAACCGCUUCACCAAGACCAGCCAGGGCCGCAGCUGGAACACGGGGAACGGCUCCCCCGAUGCCAUCUGUUUCACUAUGGACAAGCCAGGGGUGGUGCUGGUGGGUUUCUGUGUGUACGGAGGAGGAGGCAUCCAUGAGUACGAGCUGGAGGUGCUCGCUGAUGAUGCUCAGACGGAGCACCCUGGAGAUUCCGCCCACUCCCACAGAUGGACGUCUCUAGAACUGGUCAAAGGCACUUACAGCACUGACGACUCCCCCAGUGACAUCGCUGAGAUCCGUCUGGACAAAGCUGUUCCUCUGAAGGAGAAUGUGAAAUAUGCUGUCCGCCUGAGGAACUAUGGCAGCCGCACAGCCAAUGGGGAUGGAGGCAUGACCACCGUGCAGUGCUCUGAUGGAGUUACCUUCACCUUCAGCACCUGCAGCCUGAGCAGCAACGGCACCAACCAGACCAGAGGCCAGAUCCCCCAGAUUCUCUAUUACAGGAGUGAAUAUGAUGGUGACCUGCAGUCACAGCUGUUAAGCAAAGCCAAUGAAGAGGACAAGAACUGCAGUCGUGCUCUUUCUGUAGUCAGUGUGGUGGUGCGGGCGGCCAAAGACCUCCUCCACAGGGCCUUUGCUGUGGACGUUGAAGACAUUCCAGAACUCCUGAGUUCCUCCAGUCUUUUCACAAUGCUGCUUCCACUUAUUUUGGCAUACAUUGGUCCUGUGGCUGCAUCUGUCCCUAAGGCUGCGGUGGAAGUGUUUGGUUUGGUGCAGGAACUUCUUCCAGCUGUUUCUGCCCUGAACCAGAAAUAUGCCCCUCCCGCUUUCAAUCCCAACCAGUCCACAGACAGCACCACUGGGAACCAGCCGGAGCAGGGCCUAUCAGUUUGCACCACCUCAAAUCAUUAUGCUGUCAUAGAGAGUGAUCACCCCUACAAGCAGGCUGCUGUCACCCAGUACAAGGUUUCCUUCCCAGACUGCGUUCGCUGGGUGACCAUUGAGUUUGAUCCUCAGUGUGGCACAGCGCAGCCAGAAGAUGUCCUCCGUCUCCUGAUCCCCAGCCGAUCGAUGCACUUCUCGGGGCUCGGCUCCAAAUCUCUGGUUCACGAGACCAUCAACAGCUGGACCGAGCUCAAGAAGUUCUCUGGCUCCAGUGGCUGGCCCACCGCUAUCUUGGUGCUGCCAGGUAACGAAGCCCACUUCUCUUUGGAAACUGCAUCAGAUUAUGUGAAAGACGAGAAAGCCUGUUUCUAUGGAUUCAAAUGUGUAGCUGUUGGUUAUGAGUUUAACCCUGGUCUUGAUGAGGGAAUUAUUCAGCUGGAGAAGGAAUUGGCCUAUUUGGGAAGCGUGUGUGCAGCUGCACUCAUGAAAAAGGAUCUUGCUCUACCCAUAGGAAAUGAACUGGAGGAGGAUUUGGAGAUUUUAGAGGAAGCCUCACUCCAGGUUUGUAAAACCCACUCAGGGCUCCUGGGGAAGGGACUGGCGCUUUCUCACUCUCCCACAAUCCUAGAGGCGCUGGAGGGCAACCUGCUGCUGCACCUGCAGACUAACGAACACUCCUUCCUAGAGGACUUCAUCACCUGUGUGCAGAACUCCAGCGGCGGGCGGCUCGCCAGGUGGCUCCAGCCAGACUCCUACGCAGACCCUCAGAAGACCUCGCUCAUACUCAACAAAGACGACAUCCGCUGUGGCUGGCCCACUACUGUUGUGGUGCAGACCAAAGACCAAUAUGGAGAUGUUGUGCAUGUGCCAAACAUGAAGGUUGAAGUCAAGGCUGUUCCUGUCUCUCAGAAGAAGUCCCUCCAGCAGGAGAACAUGAAGAAACUGCAGCGUUUGCCAGGCAGCUCCUCUAAUUCCACAUCAGGCACUGACCUCACCUACGGUGGCCACCCACCGCCCAAACUGGAGGCGACAUAUGAGCCCAUGAUCAUCAAAGAGGCCCGAUAUAUCGCCAUCACCAUGAUGAAGGCAUAUGAAAAUUACUCCUUUGAAGAGCUUCGCUUCGCCUCACCGACACCAAAGAGACCCAGUGAGAACAUGCUUAUCCGGGCAAACACAGACGGCACCUACAGCGCUAACUGGACCCCUGGUGCUGUUGGGCUGUACACCAUUCAUGUGACCAUCGAUGGCAUUGAGAUUGAUGCUGGUCUGGAGGUGGAGGUCAAAGAUCCACCCAAAGGAAUGAUCCCUCCUGGCACUCAGAUGGUCAAACCUAAAGCUGAACCUCAGCCUAGCAAGGUGCGCAAAUUUGUGGCCAAGGACAGCGCAGGGCUGCGUGUGCGUAGUCACCCCUCUCUGCAGAGCGAACAGAUAGGCAUAGUCCAAGUCAAUGGCACCAUCACAUUCAUUGACGAGAUCCACAAUGAUGAUGGUGUCUGGCUCAGACUGAAUGAUGAGACAGUAACGAAGUAUGUUCCCAACAUGAAUGGGUACACUGAAGCCUGGUGCCUCUCUUUUAACCAGCAUCUGGGCAGAAGCCUCCUCGUCCCUGUCGACGUGAUUAACUCGGAGGGCACUUGGGUUCAGCUGGAUAAGAACAGUGUGGUGGAGUUCUGUGAGAGCGAUGAGGGGGAGGCCUGGUCUCUGGCCCGAGACGGAGGGGGAAACCAGUACCUGCGUCACGAGGAAGAGCAAGCAAUUUUGGAGCAUGGAGCCCAGACCCCUCCCCCCAGCCCGUUCUCAGUCCAGGCGUUUAACAGGGGCAUGGGCAGCUCGGGAGCUCAGGGCUUCGACUACUGCAUCAACAACAAAGGUGACAGGGAUAACUUGGCCAGUCGGUCUAUGUCUCCAGGCAGCAAGCAUCGUCAAGAGAGUCGAUCCUCCAAAACGGACAGUCACUCUAGUCGAUCUGUUGACCAGGUGAAGAGCAAGAACAAUGACAGUCUGUCUGCCAGCGAGGCCCUCAGUCUCAAAUCAGACACCGGCAAACUGCGGUCUGACUCUCACAGCCGCUCCCAUUCCCCUAACCACAACACGCUACAAGCCCUGAAAGCUGAUGGCCGAACCUCAGGCCUUAGGGCUGAGUCUCCGAAACCUAGCUCCCGUUCCUCCUCACCCAAACAGAAGACCUUCAGUUCGGGUAGAUCUAGCCCUUCCAUCAACAGUUCUCCACGUUCAUCCUCUCCUCACGAUAAGAACCUGCCCUCUAAAGUUAGUCCUUCUUCUAAAGCUCACCUGGACCCUCCUCGUGAGAGAUCCAAAUCUGACUCCUAUACGCUAGACCCUGACACGCUCAGAAAGAAGAAGGUUCCUUUCAUGGAACCUCUGAGGGGCAGGUCUACAUCUCCCAAGCCAAAAAUUUCACCCAAAGAGAGCAAAGGAGGAAGCAGCAUUGCUGAGAACCGAGCCCCAUCUCCCCAUGUAGUUCAAGAGAACCUCCACAGCGAAGUGGUGGAGGUGUGUAGGUCCAGCACCUUGCUGUCCAAUGAUGAAGCCAGUGAUGAGAAUGCAGAGUUGCACAAUGCUGAAGAGGGCUCUUCCAAGGUCCACUUUAGUAUUGGAAAAGCCCCUGUCAAGGAGGAACUUGAAAGCCGUUCUUCACCCAAAGUUAGCCGUAAAACCUCCAGCAGGCAUGUGAGACCCAAAAAAGACAAAUCUGGGCCACUCUUUAAGGGUGAAAACGUGCGUCCCGCUGAACCCGCCAAGCAAGCCAUGUCGCCUUCUGUUGCGGAAUGUGCUCGUGCUGUUUUUGCUGCCUUCCUCUGGCAUGAGGGCAUAGUACAUGAUGCCAUGGCAUGCUCUUCCUUCCUGAAGUUCAACCCUGAGCUGACCAAAGAACAUGCACCCAUCCGUAAUUCUCUCAGCUGCCAGCAGGGUUUUGAAGAGAAGGAGAGCAAACUGAAGAACCGUCACUCUCUGGAGAUCUCCUCGGCCCUCAACAUGUUCAACAUAUCACCACAUGGCCCAGACAUUUCUAAGAUGGGUAGCAUCAACAAGAACAAGGUUCUGUCCAUGCUGAAAGAGCCACCCUUGCCCGAGAAGUGCGAGGAUGGAAAAAGUGAGGCGGUCUCCUAUGAGAUGACCAGCAACUUAAUGAGGUCUAAGUCCAUCUUGCCUCUCACCCUCCAGCACCUAGUAGCAUUCUGGGAGGACAUAUCCAUGGCUACCAUAAAAGCGGCUACACAGAAUAUGAUCUUCCCGAGUCCAGGGUCCAGUGCUAUCCUUAAAAAGAAGGAGAAUGAAAAGGACAGCAAGAAGACCAAGAAAGAGAAGAAGAAAAAGGAGAAAGCCGAGGUUCGCCCCAGGGGGAACCUCUUUGGGGAGAUGGCGCAGUUAGCUAUGGGAGGCCCUGAGAAGGAUACCAUCUGUGAGCUGUGUGGAGACUCUCACCCAUACCCUGUUACGUACCACAUGAGACAGGCCCACCCAGGCUGUGGUCGGUAUGCUGGAGGUCAGGGCUAUAACAGUAUUGGUCACUUUUGUGGAGGCUGGGCUGGUAACUGUGGAGAUGGUGGGAUUGGAGGAAGCACCUGGUACUUGGUGUGUGAUCGUUGUAGAGAGAAGUACCUGAGAGAAAAACAAACAGCUGCCAGAGAAAAGGUCAAGCUGUCAAGGAAGAAACCUCUCCAGGUGAAAACCCCACGGGCUCUGCCCAUGAUGGAGGCCCACCAGGUGAUCCGUGCCAAUGCACUGUUCCUGCUGUCUCUGAGCAGCGCCGCUGAGCCAAGUCUACUUUGCCAUCACCCACCUAAACCCUUCCACGCACAUCUGCCCAGCCUCAAAGAGGGAGUGUCUGAGGAACUACCCAACAAGAUGGGCUGCCUCUAUCUGCAAACUUUAGCCCGCCAACACACUGAGAACUUUGGGGCCUAUCAAGAUGACAACUUGUUUCAGGAUGAGAUGCGUUACCUGCGUUCUACGUCAGUCCCUGCUCCCUAUAUUUCAGUCACUCCUGAUGCCUGCCCCAAUGUUUUUGAAGAGCCAGGAAGUAACAUGAAGUCCAUGCCCCCAAGUUUGGAGACAAGUCCAAUCACAGACAGUGACACAGCCAAGCGGACAGUAUUCCAGCGCUCAUAUUCAGUGGUGGCCUCCGAGUAUGAUAAGCAGCACUCAGCUUCCCCAGCACGGGUCAAAGCAGUGCCGAGACGCAGGGUACACAGCGGGGAUGCAGAAGUUGGGUCAUCACUGCUUCGUCACCCUUCUCCUGAGUUGUCUCGACUGAUCUCAGCCCACGGCUCUCUCAGCAAGGGUGAAAGAAACUUCCAGUGGCCUGUGUUGGCAUUUGUUAUCCAGCAUCAUGACCUAGAGGGCCUGGAGGUGGCUAUGAAGCAUGCACUCCGCAAAUCAGCCUGCAGGGUGUUUGCCAUGGAGGCUUUUAAUUGGCUGCUGUGUAAUGUUACCCAGACCACCUCCCUCCAUGAUAUCCUGUGGCACUUUGUGGCGUCUCUGACUCCGUCUCCCUUUGAGACGGAAGAAGAGGAGGAGGACGAGAACAAAGGGAACAAGGAGAACCUCGAGCAGGAGAAGGAUUUAGGUGUAUGUGAGCACCCCCUGUCUGACAUUCUCAUCGCAGGAGAGGCGGCUCACCCGCUGCCCCACACCUUCCACCAUCUGCUCCAGACCAUCUCUGACCUCAUGAUGUCACUUCCCAGUGGAAGCUCACUUCAGCAGAUGGCCCUCAGAUGUUGGAGUCUGAAAUUCAAACAAUCAGAUCAUCAGUUCCUGCACCAGAGUAACGUAUUUCACCACAUCAACAACAUCCUGUCCAAAUCAGAUGAUGGGGACAGUGAGGAGAGUUUUAACAUCAGCGUACAGUCGGGAUACGAAGCGAUUAGUCAGGAACUUUGUGUGGUCACCUGUCUGAAAGAUCUGACCAGCGUGGUAGACAUUAAAACAUCCAGCCGACCAGCCAUGAUCGGCAGCCUGACUGAUGGCUCCACUGAGACGUUCUGGGAGUCUGGAGAUGAAGAUAAGAACAAAACAAAGAGCAUCACUAUCAGCUGUGUCAAAGGCAUCAAUGCCUCAUAUGUCUCUGUCCAUGUCGACAACUCUCGUGACAUUGGAAAUAAAGUCACGUCAAUGAUAUUCCUUUGUGGGAAGGCUGUGGAAGAUCUCUGCAGAAUCAAACAGCUUGACUUAGACUCGAGGCACAUGGGCUGGGUGACCAGUGAGCUGCCUGGAGGAGACCACCACGUGAUCAAGAUCGAGCUUAAGGGUCCUGAGAACACGCUUAGGGUACGGCAGGUCAAAGUGCUUGGCUGGAAGGAGGGCGAGAGCAUCAAGAUUGCUGGGCAGAUAUCAGCCAGUGUAUCUCAGCAGAAGAACUGCGAGGCUGAGACGCUGCGUGUCUUCCGCCUCAUUACAUCACAGGUGUUUGGGAAACUAAUUUGUGGGGAUGCAGAACCAACACCAGAACAAGAAGAGAAGAACCUGCUCUCCUCACCCGAGGGUGAAGACAAGGCUCCAUCUGAUGCAGACUUGAAAGAGCACAUGGUUGGCAUUAUUUUCAGCAGGAGCAAACUGACCAACCUUCAGAAACAGGUGUGUGCCCAUAUCGUCCAGGCCAUCCGUAUGGAGGCCACGCGAGUGCGGGAGGAAUGGGAGCACGCCAUUUCCAGCAAGGAGAAUGCAAACUCUCAGCCCAGUGACGACGACGCCUCCUCUGAUGCUUACUGCUUUGAGCUGUUGUCUAUGGUGCUGGCCUUGAGUGGAUCUAACGUUGGGCGGCAGUACCUGGCCCAGCAGCUCACCCUACUGCAGGACCUCUUCUCCCUCCUUCACACCGCCUCGCCACGUGUCCAGAGACAGGUGACGUCACUGCUCAGACGCGUUCUUCCAGAGGUCACUCCCAUGCGCCUGGCCAGCGUCAUCGGCGUAAAGGCGCUGCCACCAGCAGACAUCAGUGACAUCAUCCACUCCACCGAGAAGAGCGACUGGACCAAGCUGGGCAUUUUAGAUAUGUUUCUGGGCUGCAUCGCAAAGGCCCUCACUGUGCAGCUCAAGGCGAAGGGCACCACUAUAGUUGGCACAGCUGGCAUGGCUGCAGGCAAAGGAGUCACUACAGUCACCCUACCCAUGAUCUUCAACUCAAGCUACAUACGGCGUGGAAUUAGUCACUGGUGGAUGAAGGGCUCCACUCCGCCUCAGAUCGCUGAGAUUAUUAUUAAACUCGUCAAAGACAUGGCUGCUGGCCACCUCUCGGAUGCCUGGUCCAGGGUGACUAAGAAUGCUAUUGCUGAGACCAUCAUUGCGCUCACUAAGAUGGAAGAGGAGCAUCGCUGUCCGGUGCGCUGCAUCGCCACCACUCGGCUAUGGCUCGCAUUGGCCUCUCUAUGUGUGCUGGAUCAGGACCACGUGGACCGACUGUCUUCAGGACGCUGGAUGGGCAAAGACGGGCAGCAGAAGCAGAUGCCCAUGUGUGAUAACCAUGACGACGGGGAGACGGCAGCCAUCAUUCUGUGUAAUGCUUGUGGAAACCUGUGCACCGACUGCGACCGCUUCCUCCAUCUCCACCGCCGCACACGGACCCACCAGAGACAGGUCUUUAAGGAGGAGGAAGAGGCCAUUAAGGUGGACCUACAUGAAGGCUGUGGUAGAACCAAACUCUUUUGGCUCAUGGCAUUGGCCGACUCUAAGACCAUGAAGGCCAUGGUGGAGUUCCGUGAGCACACAGGGAAACCAGCUUCCAGCAGUUCAGACGUCUGCCGCUUCUGUGGCACCAGGAACGGCACAGAGCUGUCUGCAGUAGGAAGUGUAUGUUCAGACCAAGACUGUCAGGAGUAUGCAAAGCUGGCCUGCAGUAAGACUCAUCUGUGCGGUCACCCGUGUGGAGGGGUCAAAAAUGAAGAGCUGUGUCUGCCCUGUUUACAUAGUUGUGACAAAACCGCAGCCUGUCUGAAACAGGAUGCUGAUGAUAUGUGUAUGAUUUGCUUCACUGAGGCUCUGUCUGCUGCUCCAGCAAUCCAGCUGGACUGCAGUCACGUGUUCCAUCUUCAGUGCACAAGAAGGGUUCUGGAGAACCGCUGGCUUGGGCCCAGGAUAACCUUCGGGUUCAUGUCUUGCCCUAUUUGCAAGAACAAAAUAAACCACUCUGUCCUAAAAGAUCUGCUCGAGCCCAUCAAAGAGCUGUAUGAGGACGUGAGGAGAAAGGCUUUAAUGAGACUGGAGUAUGAAGGACUGCACAAGAGUGAAGCCAUCACAAUGUCUGGAGCUCGAUUCUACAACAACCCCGCUGGAUUUGCCAUGAACAGAUAUGCUUACUACGUCUGCUUCAAGUGCAAAAAGGCCUAUUUUGGGGGAGAAGCUCGCUGUGAUGCCGAGGCAGGACAAGGUGACGAUUAUGAUCCCCGUGAGCUCAUCUGUGGUGCGUGCUCAGAUGUGUCCAGAGCACAGAUGUGCUCUAAACACGGGACAGAUUUCCUGGAGUAUAAAUGUCGUUACUGUUGCUCUGUGGCUGUGUUCUUCUGCUUUGGGACGACACAUUUUUGCAACGCCUGUCAUGAUGAUUUCCAGAGGAUGACCAGUGUCCCAAAAGAAGAGCUGCCUCAUUGUCCUGCUGGACCAAAAGGAAAACAGUUAGAAGGAAGCGAGUGUCCCCUGCAUGUGGUCCAUCCUCCCACCGGAGAGGAGUUCGCUCUGGGCUGCGGCGUGUGUAGAAAUGCCCAUACCUUCUAAACGCCAGGGUCCCGUAAUGAUCGCCCUCUCUCUCUAUAUAUAUAUAUAUAUAUAUUCACCCUCCUGUGGCGGCCGACUCCCUCUUCAGCGCAGCCCGAGAGCAGAUACACCGGACGUCCCAUUCUGAGGGGGCUGUGACGGGCCACUGUGCUCCAGGGUGCAUCCUCCCUCUCUUUAGACGCAGAAGAAUGGAAAAAAAGAACUAAAAAAUUACGUUGUGACGUGUUUGCAUGCAGCCGUUGUAACCCUGCGGCUUUUAUAAACGUUGCACCCCUCCUGACCACUGAAGGGUAACAAUGUAUGGAGGAUUUUGGGAUCCGAGACCACGUGGAUGGGCCAUGAUUUCAGCUUCUCGAAUACAAAUUUAAGAUUCUAUUGUUGUAUGUAAACUGACUUUGUUUUCGUAAUCCUGUACAGUAUUCCUUCACUUCGGAGUGCAUCAUGGUUUGACGGCUAAAGAUUCAAAUGCUACAAGAGGACUUUAGAAUGUGACGCUGGGGGAAAAUAGUGUACGAUUGAUCUAAUCUUGUAUAUAAUGACAGUAACCCUUCAUGUGUGUAUCCCGACGUUGCUACUCUCUACACUUCAGUUUCGUUUGAUAUUCUGGGUUAUGUUUUGAGCCAGAACUUUUAAUGAAGUGCAAUACUGGGUGUGCCUCCUCGCAGAUGUAAACAAUAUGGAAUGUAUGUCAAUAAAGCCACUGUACAUUUUGAUACAGUGUUGUGUUUUCCCCGGCAAGUGCAGUAUCAUUUCUGUAGUCAGAUCGUUAUCGAGGGGCUUGUUGUCUGCGGUGUCUGCCCUUGUCUCAAUGACGUGGUAUAAACCCCCUUUUUCUGUCAUUUUAAAAACAAAGGUGAGUAUGUUCUGCUUUUGUAUUGUGAGAACACGACUCCUUGGGGCCAGUCUCCACACCAAAUCAAAGGAAUGUGAGGCAAAACAAGAGAUAUAUUAGAAAUUGUGGCUAUUUAGUGGUUGUUUUGGAGGCAUAUAGGAAGGAAUGUUUGGGGGUGUGAUAAACAACUGCUGUAAAAGACAAAAAAAUUGCAACUUGUCAAUCUGCUUUGUGUUAUUAUCUGUGGAUGGAGCUGAAUGGUAAUAAUAAACCGGGUUCUCUGUUCAGCAAGGUACAUUA